AUGGAACGUUUCCUUUCCGCUCUCGUCGUCAUUGGAGUUACCCUGGCCUGCCAUCCGGUGCCAGAACCAAAAAAGCAUGGAUUAGGGAACGAGACAUCGAGUGUCGCACUGGUCACCCAGGCUCGUUACGAUCCGAAUCUAAUCCAGCAUUUCAUGAACUACUUCCCACAGAUGGAUGUCGAGCAGCGCUCUAAGAAACUAGGAAAGUUCACCGAUCUGGGUUCGGCAGACGUUGGAGGCAAAUUCGCAUUCACUUUCAAACUCCUUAAUUCCGACUGUCUCUCAUUGGCUGGACGAUAUCAAGAAGUCAGAUUCAGUGAUCGAGAGCACCUCCCUGAAGUGCACUGGUCAACAGCAGUGAAGGCAACAGCAAGGGAAUUGAGCCACGAGCUACACAUCAAUCAUUUCUUCGUGGAAUAA